AUAGGUAAUACAUGAAAGAGGGGGAAUAUUCGUAUUAUAAGUUGCCAAACAAGCUUAAAAUUUUAUACGUUGGUCUAGUAUCAAGUAUAAGAAAUUUUUUUAGGAAAAUAUUUUUCCUGGAUAAAAAACUGGGAAUGGAAGAAGUUCAAGAUGUUUUAGAAGGAGGGGCUUUUGAUUCAAAAUCCCUAGGUAAAACUCACGAUAGUGAAGAACAGGAAAUAUGGUACGACGCUCUGGAAGAACAAGAAGAAUUCUUUGAUACUUAUGAGUAUAUUGAAAGUGAUAACAUUCAAGGUGUAGCAAAGGAAAAGGGGGAAGAUAAUGAUCUUGAAUAUAUAAGUAAUCAAGGUCGAGAUGUAAUAGUAGAAAAGGGAAAAUGUGAGAGUGGUCAAUACUACAGUUUACAAUCCGGAAUGAAAGAGAAAAAAGAAAUUGAUAAUACAACUAAAACACUCGCGCUUGCUUUUCAAAUAGAUAUGAGAAAAUUAUAUAUAAAUAAUAAUAUUAAUUUUUCUACUCUCAAGUUACAGAAGAUACAGAAUGGAGGAGAUGAAUACUAUCUAUAUUUUAUAGAUAACAGUAAUAAUUUUAUUAUGUUUUGUACUAAGAGCUUAAAUAUCUACUUUCCUAAACAUUUUGAAAAAAGGUAUGGCAAAUCUUGUGCUGAAAUUUUUCCUGAGCGUGAAUACAAUGUUUGUAAUCAUAUAAUAAUUCCAUUGGAGGUUCAAAAGGAAGUUAGUAUUCUAACUCACAAGUCUUGGAAUCCAAUCAAGUCAAGCAUUCAAUCUAAUAUACCAGAAAUUAAUGAAGUAGAUCUUCAAAAUUGUGACGGACAUAUGAAUUUUCAUUUCGACGUUACAAAGAGUAAUAAUAUACAUCUUUCUCUCACAAGCAACAAAAUAAAAACUGCAGCUAUUAUCUCAGGUACUCCCCUCGAAACAAACUGGCUAAUCAAAGAUAUUUUAAUACGAGGAAGUUUUGCGAACCAGAUUGGUGUUAACAAAAUGACCGAAAUUGAGGUUGAUAGGAAGAGAUUUAAAGUGAAUUCUGUUCAGAAUUGUUCAAAUCAUAGUUCUAAUCGGAAGUGUUAA